AUGAGAGGCUCCACACAGGCCACGCCUAUCCUCCUGUGUCGGUGGCCCGCCGCGCACCUGCCGCUUCCCCUCACUAUGGGCAACCCUAUGUGGAGGGAUCCCAAUGAAACGACGGCAAAGCGCAAGGAGUCGCGGUACGUGCAGCUGCGGGUGACCUCAGCAGACGGGGCGGAGGUGUUCUUCAAGAUGCGGCGACGGAUGCCGCUGGCGCUGUUGCAGGAGGCGUUCUGUAGUCGGGAAAAGCUAGAUCAGAGCAGCGUCGAGUUUCUGUACCAGGGGCGGAGGAUCUCGGGGACGAGCACACCAGAUGAGUUGCAAAUGGCGGAUGUGGAUUACAUCGAGGUCGCUGUUGUAGGGAGCCCUGUGGGUUGGUAAAUGUCGUGAUUGUUAGUCAGAUUUGGAUAUGCGAGCAGCUGAGAGGGUCAGAGUUGACGCUUUAAAAAAGGAGAGGAGAUCAGAGACGCGCGGACGCCGGGCAAAGGUGGGACCUUGCCCCAAAGAGAGCGACUUGCUGUGUGUUGCUGUCCUGUUGGUGCGGUGUUUGAGCGGAAUAGGUGGGUGCCUGUUUCUGCCAGUGCCUACAGCGGCCAUCUGCCUUGUUUGAAAUCAAUAAAGCGGGUCUGCAUAAGAACUUGAAAUACCUAGCGCCCAAUGAAAAGGCAGAAUAAGCAAGAUCUGCGGCAGAUGCUACUGAGCACCAGAGAGCAGGUUUUUGAAUUCUGAACAGCAUGCCGCGAGUUCAGAAAAUGCUGAGGAACUGGGGGUCCUGACACCGAGGGAUCUGAUUCCGUUUGCUGAAUUUUGAGAAGGGUCACUAUGAGAUUAAAGAGAAGAUGCUCAUUAUUGGAUUGUUACCACCACUGGAUCCAAGCCUCCGCCGUAUCACUUUGAAUUUUAAUCGAAGCUGCGGCAAAGACACCAUUGCAUUCUGCCGUCGCUGCUCAAUUUCAGGAGUCUGCACUGGCAUGGAUGUCUCUGUGCAACCUGAUUGUUCUUCUUCUGAGGAGGCAGCAAAGAGCGUAUCUACCAUGUCAAGUUUCAAAC